AUGGUGGUCGGUGGUGUCGCUGUGAUUCUCUUUGCGAACCAGCCUGGACAGCAGGCCGUGCCCCUGCUUAGUGCAUGGGACUUGAACUCGUUUUCGUGGAUGCAGCGUGGCACUGUGCAGGACAUGAUGGCGUUCAUGGCGAAGACCGUGUCGGAGCGCACGCAGCCUGGUCAGCGUCAGUCGAUCCAGGAAAACAACUUUACUGCGCAUGUGCAUGCUCGCCCGGCCGUAGAUGGUAUUAGCGGCGUGAUUGUGUCGGACAGCGAGUACCCCGUGCGCGUGGCCUACUCGCUCCUGAACAAGCUGCUGGAAGAGUUCCUAAUGAAGGUGCCCAAGUCGCGCUGGAAUGCGCAGGCUGCACAGCUAGCCGCUAGUGGCUCGAUUCCCUCGAAAGGCGAGGGUAUCGUGCGGUCGUCCGACUUCCCACAGGCGCAAGAUUACCUUGCGCGGUACCAGGACCCACGCCAGGCCGACACGAUCAUGCGGGUCCAGCAAGAAUUGGACGACACCAAGAUUGUGCUGCACAACACCAUCGACUCGGUUCUCCAGCGUGGCGAGGAUCUUGAUAAGUUGGUGGAAAAGAGCGGCUCGUUGAGUCAGCAGAGCAAGAUGUUCUACAAGUCGGCUCGGAAGACUCGUGCUGCGGCGUGA